AUGCUUCUCGGUGGCAUCAUUAGUCUUCUCACUGCUCUUCGAUGGGGCGGCACAAAGUACCCCUGGUCCAACGGUCGCAUUAUCGCACUCUUUGUUGUUACCGGCGUCUGCCUCAUCGCUUUUGUCGUGAUUCAGAUUCUGUUUCCAAACCAUGCAACUGUCCCGCCGCACAUCUUUACUCAACGCAGUAUCGCAGCCUCAUCCUUUUCCAUGUUUUGCACCGGGGCUACUAUGAUGACAACGCUGUACUACCUUCCCAUCUGGUUCCAAGCUAUCAAGGGCGUCAGCGCAGUUCAGUCAGGUAUUCGCCUUCUGCCUACUGUCGUGGCUCAAGUGAUUGCGUCAUUCGUCAGCGCUGGCGGUGUACAAACUAUUGGGCAGUACAUGCCCUUCAUGCUUGUCGGCAAUGCCAUUAUGUGUGUCGGUACAGGGCUUCUCACUUUACUCAAAGUUCAUACGAGCAGUGGAGAGUGGAUUGGCUACCAGAUACCAUAUGGCUUCGGCUUAGGUAUCACUCUUCAAAUCCCUCUGAUUGCAUCACAGACUGUACUGCCCUUGGAAGACGUACCAACAGGUACUUCAGUCCUGAUCUUCUGUCAACUACUGGGAGGUGCCAUCUUUGUCAGCGUUGGACAGAACCUCUUCACAAAUGAACUGGUGAAAAGGAUCAGUGCCAUUCCUGGCGUUGAUGUAUUCAAUCUUCAACAAGAGGGAGCUACCAGAAUUCUGGAUGGCCUGAGUGAAACAACAAAACGUCUUGUUCUUGUAGCUUACAACGCUUCUUUACGGCAAGCUUUCCUUUGUGGACUCAUUCUCUCUUGUAUUGGCUAUCUAGGCGCUGUUUGUAUGGAGUGGAGGAGCAUCAAGCAGAACAAGCCCAAAGAAGAAGCACCGGGGACUAAGAGCAUAGAGACCAAGGAGACAACAGGGGGCCCAAUUGCCGAGAAUGCGAACACGAAUGGCAACAGUAGAACAUAA